AUGUCGACUACAAACGUCAUUGCACAGUUCGCGAAACUCGACCGUAUUUUCCAAGUCUUCGCGCUAGACGAACCAAGUCGUAAAAGCAAAAUGAUUUGCUGUCGAGGAGAUGGUUUUGCGUACUUACUAGUCGUGAUGGCAUGUUUUGUUUUGUCAGAAUUUCAAGUUCAAUCCAUGCAAAUAACAUCGACAGAUAUUAUGGAUGUUACUAUUUCGAGCAAAGAAAAUGGAACGGAAAGUCAUUCUGAUGUUCAUAAAUUAGCGCGACGAAGAUCCAACUCGGACUAUGGUAGAAACACACAGGAAAGUUCUGACUACGGACGAACAACUGACGACAAUUCUGACUAUGGUAGACCAUAUUCAGAGACGAACAAUCGUGAUGAUGAUUGUGCAUGCAAAUCAACCCAAAACAUUUGCUUUCCAAUUGGCUCCCGACAAUGCUUCUUCGUCGGCCAUCCUCAAGUUGUUACAUGUCAACGUGGUGGAAAAUGGGAGCUCUAUACGAAAUGUCGAAAGACAUGCGAAGCGCGAUUAGGAAACCUUGCUCCAAGUAACAAAAUGACGUCUUAUUGUCGUGAUAUUUUUCUAUGUUUGAUCGUUGUAAUGGUAUGUUUUACCUACCCACAAGCUCAGGUCAAUUCAAUGGAAACGUCAUCAACCGAUAUGAUGAAUAUUACUAUCUCGAACAAAAACAAUGGAACGGAAAAGCAUUUUGACGUUGAAAAUGCAACAAGAACUAAUAUGAGUGAGUUAACACGAAGAUAUGACGAUACUGACGUCGAAGAAACUGAAAAGAAACCAAAAGCCAAAGAAGAUCCUUACACGAAGAACUUAUUGGAAACACUCAAAAUCAACAAGACAAAUGAAUUGAGGAAAUCGACUGCCACCACCACCACCAAACCAGAGAAGAUCGAUAAGAGCGAUGAUCAUGAUGACGCUGACGAAGUGAAGACCUCUACCACAACAGAAACGACUGACAAUGAACAUGAGGGUGAAGAUACUGACGAAGAGAAGACCUCGACUACAGUACAAAGUAUCGACGAUGAACAUGAGAUUGAAGGCACUGAUGAAGAGAAGACCAGCACUACAACAGAAACGGUUGAUGAUGAUCAUGAUCGUGAAGAUACCGAUGAAGAAAAGACUUCUACUACAACAGAAAAUACCGACGAUGAGCAUGACCAUGAAGGUACUGAUGAAGAAACGACCUCUACAACAACAACAACAACAAGUAAGCCAAACACGAACGGUGAAUAUUAUUAUGGUGGCAAUGAUUCAAGUGCUUGUACUUGCAAAACAAGUCUUGGUGUUUGUUAUCCUAUUGGUGCUCAUCAGUGCUUAUUCAACAAUGGUGCUCAAGUGGUCCGAUGUGAUCUUAGUGGAAACUGGUUAUUUUUCAAAGCAUGUCCAAAGUCAUGCGAAUGGAAAGGAGGAAAUAUCGCUGUUUGCAUUGAUUGA